UAAAUUAUUUCAACAGAUUGCGAAUGUGUGUACGAGGCACACUGUCGCGCACAACUUGAUGGUUAAACACGCAUACAUGAGCUCCGUUAUUUGAUGCACUAAAAGUGUCUAUGAUUUAACAAAAAUGAAAAAAUUCAUCAUUUUAUUGAGUGUAUUAAGUGUGUGUUACGGGGUUUUAGAAAAAGAUUGGAAACUCUUUAAGCAAGAAUUCAACAAAACAUACAACUCAGGCGAAGAGGAGCAGAAGCGAUUCAAAAUAUUUAAAGAAAACUGGAAUAACAUCAACAAACACAAUAAACGUUACGAUAAAGGAUUAGAAACGUACAGUCAAGAAAUUAACAGAUUCGGUGAUCUAACCGAUAAUGAAUUUACAGAAACAUACGGAUUAUCUGAAAACAACUGGAUAUCCAAUUAUACCAUAGAUAAUGGAUCGAAUCAAAUUGAUAACGACUAUUUGGACUGGAGAGCAAAGGGAGCAGUUACUCCUGCAAAAGACCAAGGAAAAUGCGGAUCUUGUUGGAUUUUCAGCGCGGUGGGCAAUUUAGAGAGCUUGUACUUUAGGAAAACGGGAAAUUUGGAGACCUUCAGUGAGCAGUAUAUCGUGGAUUGCAUCUCUAAUGAAAGCUGUGAUGGAGGAAGUCCAAAGUGGGCGUUCGAAUUCAUGAAGGAAAAAGGCGUGCGAUUGGAAAGCGAUUAUCCCUACAACGCCGAACAGAACAACUGUAAAAAUCUAACGACACCUGUCCUGUUUGUAGAUUUCAAUUCAACAUGCUUCCAAAAUUCCAUGGACGAAGUUGUUUUGAAAGAGGCUGUAAGGCAAAAUGGGCCGCUAUCCGUUUGCCUGUAUGUAACCUACAGAUGGAGGUUUUACAAAAGCGGAGUUUGGUUCCAUAACCAGUGCUCAGAUUUUUCGAAUCAUUGUUUAGUCUUAGUGGGUUAUGGUACGGAAAAUGGUAAGAAUUACUGGUUGAUUAAAAACUCUUGGGGACCAAAUUGGGGAGAAAACGGUUUCAUUAAAGUUGCUAGAUUUAAACAUCAAAACUACUGCGGAUUGUACAACGCAGGCAACGCCUACCUAAUAUAGAUAUUAAUUGAGGUAAUUUGUUAUAAGCUUAUUAUUAAGUAGGAGAAUUUACAACAAGCAACUUGUUUAUAUUUUACUGGUGUUAAAUUUUUAACAAACCACUAUUUACUUAUAACCAUUUCAGUAUCGUAUAAUAUUCCAAGCAUUUGUUAUAAUAAUAUUCAUAGAAAUGACCGGCUUAUGUAGCUUUAUACCUCGAUAUCGGUUUGGACGAGCAUAAAACAUUAUGGAAGUGUAAACGCACUAUUUAUGGACGUUGUAGUUAUUGUAGCCGAGAGCAUUUUACUUUACAGUCUCAGAGUUAUAAUUUGAUCAGUCGUGCUAUGAGACAGCCUUAACCAUUGAUUAAUAGCAAUUAGACAUUAGCUUGCAUUCCAUGAGUGGAUAGUGUUAAAAUAAAUUAUGGUCGGUGUGGAGAGUAUUUUUUAUAAGGGUGAGUGCCGCAAUGCACAACAAAUUCCUUAAAUGCAUGAUAAUACACCGUGCAAUGUGUACAGAGAAAAUCGCUUUCGUGCAGGACAGGACUUAAGAAAUUGUUUCAUAAAUUACAGCUUUACAUAUUAAUUAAACAUUGAAUUAUAAUUAUUGUAUUGUAGGCUUAAAUUGUAAUCUAUAAUUUUUAAAAGCAAUGAGUAUAAUUGUA